CGGAUAGGUAAAAGGUGCACGCGGGGGCGUGGCAGCAAACAGGAACAUCAACAAAUAGGUCACAAAUACGCGACGCUGGUUCAGUUUGAUCCAAACAAUCAGCGAAAGCAUGAAGUCUUUGUCCUCCGAGAAGAUGAACAAACUCACGUCGGCGAGACGGAUGUCCAAACCGCUGAUGGAGAGGCGCAGACGGGAGCGCAUCAACCACAGUUUGGAGACUUUGCGGCUUUUGAUGGCGGAACACACCCAGAAUGAGAAGCUUAAAAACCCGAAGGUGGAGAAAGCAGAGAUUCUCGAGAGUGUGGUUGAGUUCCUGAGGGCGGACAUGGAGAGGGGGCCCCAGGCCGGGGGUCAGGGGCCCACCUGUGACCAUGAGCAGCACUACCGGGAUGGGAUGAGGUCCUGUCUGCUGAAGGUCACCCGCUUCAUCUCCAGUGGGUUGCAGGAGAGCGUGGCAGAUCCAGUCCAGGCUGCUUUUACGCACUCCGAGCAGCUUGGACACAUCCACGCACCGAUCCCUCCAGGUGAUUCGGCCUCUGCAGCCGUCCAACAGGGGCUGACGCAGGGCGCAGGACUCCCACGUGACACCGGGGAGCUUCUUUUCUCCGCUGAGGUUGCGGCGCACAGAACGGACCCGGUGUGGAGGCCUUGGCCGCAGUGACUCUGACACACAUGAUUUCAUUGCAGUGUAAAUGUGUUUCCUUAAAGCCUUAAAUUUAGUAAAGAAAGGCUUUUUAUGAUCAGGAAAAAAACGAUUUUACGCAUGGAGCUAAAGUUUAAAUUUUACUGCUUUAGAUUUUCUUUUUAUUAUUAAUUCCAAGCGAAAAAGUUGCAUGUUUUUUCCACAUGAUUUUAGAUGUUUUUCUUUCAGCUUAUAACAUGUUUUGCGCUGAAUUUUAAAACACGAUUUCCUGAGCGCUCCUUGCGUCUGGAGUGGCCCAUCAGCUGUGAGUGCACGAAAAAAGGGAGCCAUCUACAGCCCAGUUCGCACAUACUCCGAAGCAGGCUGGACGGGUUAUGCGCCCCAUUGAAGUGUUAAAGAGAAGCUCGUUAACUCGACGACAUUCGGGGAAGUUUUACAAAUGUAGACGAGGGAAAGAUGGUGGUUGUUCAGAGUCAGACUCUGGGAGGAUCCGCAGAAUCUACAAAUCUGCAUGUGCGCCAGAACAUGAAUUCAGAGCAGAUUUAUUUAGAAUCCUCGAGGAGAAAAGUCAAAAAAGACGUGCGUAAAAUGAAAAUGUGAUCAAAUUUGAUUUGCUGCUUUGAGGCUGUUGUGGGACAAAUAAAGUUUAAUUUACAGCUGUUUUUUUUUCAGUUUUUAUGGAGUGAGGGUCUGUCUUAAUGUGUACCAAAACAGCAAGUUCAGAUUUAAUCACAGAGCAGAUUUAUCUCUCCAUCCUCAAGGAGCAAGGAUAGAAAAAGACGUGCGUAAAAGUUAAAUUUAUGAUAAGUUUUGGACAAAAGUGUUGCUUUGAUGCUGCUGUGCGACAAAACUAUUUGAAAUAAAGUUUGAUCUACAGCUGA